UGUGGGUGGUCAGGACUCGAAUCCAGACUCCUCCUUAGGCUAAAGCUCGGGCUAAUUCGGACAAAGCCGACCAACCACCCCUACUCCACCCUCGGUUUUGAGUAAAUAAGCUUCCAGGUGGAUUUGUUUAUUUUUUGCGUUGGUGCAGUGAAUUCGUGUGCGGGUGGAUGGACAUGGAGUUUUCGGUGGUGCUGGUGGUGAGUCUUUUUGUGGCUAUCGGAUCCACUAACGAAGUUGUCAUCCGGAAAGGACGAGGAAAAGGAUCCAUGUGGUGGUAGGGGCAUAGCGAUGGCAGGAGAACCCAACAACAUUUCGCCUUUGAAGCCCGGAUUGUCUUACAUGGAUCCCUCUGUUCACGGAACGCUAAGGAAGAAACAGAGGCGGCUUGCCAGGGAAAACCCUGGCGUUUUGGAUGCGAUAGCCAAGGGGGCAAAUAUGGCCAUUCACGAAUGCCAGUAUCAGUUCAGAAACAGGCGGUGGAAUUGUUCCACCAAAAAUUUUUUAAGGGGAAAGAAUUUAUUCGGAAAAAUUGUCGACAGAGGGUGUCGUGAGACGGCCUUCAUUUACGCGAUAACAAGUGCGGCAGUCACACACGCGAUAGCUCGUGCUUGCAGUGAAGGUUCAAUAGACACCUGUAACUGCGAGUACAGCCACCACAAGAGUCGACCUAGAAUGUAUUCUAGUAGUCGAGGAUCCGUUCCAGGAGUACGCGAAUGGGAAUGGGGAGGUUGUUCGGAUAACAUUGGAUUUGGCGUGGAGUUUGCCAGAGAAUUCGUCGAUACAGGCGAACGUGGUCGAAGUCUGCGAGAAAAAAUGAAUCUUCACAACAACGAAGCAGGAAGAAUGCACGUUCAAUCGCAAAUGCGCCAAGAAUGCAAGUGCCACGGCAUGUCAGGAUCAUGUACCGUUAAGACCUGCUGGAUGCGUCUCCCAUCGUUCCGUAUCAUCGGUGACAACUUGAAGGACAGAUUCGACGGAGCUUCUAGAGUAAUGGCGAGCAAUGCAGGCAAUUCCCGUACAAAUCAUGCUCACAAUAACAGGAGAAAAGAGCCGUCCAGCAACGACCUAUUGAGUUCCAACAGCAUACAUAGUAAAAGGGAACGAAAACCAAGGCGAAACAAACACGGGUUCCAGCUAAAACCUUACAAUCCCGAUCACAAACCUCCGGGUUCGAAAGAUUUGGUUUAUUUCGAACCUUCGCCCGGUUUUUGUGAGAGGAAUACCAAGCUGGGUAUCCCGGGUACCCAUGGACGUCAUUGUAACGAUACCUCCAUAGGUGUGGACGGGUGUGACUUGAUGUGUUGUGGGAGGGGUUAUCGCACGGAAGUGAUUGAAGCUGUCGAAAGGUGUCUUUGUACUUUCCAUUGGUGUUGCGAGGUCAAGUGUGACCUUUGCAGAACAAAAAAAACUGUGCAUAGGUGUUUGUAAACCUAUGCUACUUAUUCGUUAAAUAUUAAUUUGUUGUGAUUGCCAUUAUCCAUAAGACUUAGUAGGUAUUACGCAGGUAUUCUAUAGGAAAAAGAAAGUAAAUGUUAGGAACGCGAGCAUCUGCCCAAAGGACCAAUGGAAGUAUUUCAUGAUGGAAGGUUUUUUAGCCUACAAAAGGUAAUUUUUAUAAUUUAUUAUUUAUUAUUUCAUGACUCUUCUAGUAUCUAGGUACUAUCUACAUAAUUUCGUAAUUCAUAUUUUGCUUUGUUACUUUUUAUAGAAAUAUUCGACACUAUCAGUAUUAUUACAUUAUUUUUUUUUUCUUACUAUUUAUUAUUUCAAGUUGUUGUACAUUAAUUUUAGUGCACGAGAUCUGUCUUGUUGAUCUAAUUCAUUGCAAAACGACAAAAACAUAAUAAAAUGUGUAUUGACUGUACAUGUAGAGCGUCUGCUACGAAACAAAUGAUCAGUAUUAUUUAUUAUCGAUAAUAAAAUAUUAAUGCGAAAUUCUCGCUGAUGUAUAUAGGAAAAUAGUAUUUAUGAAAAGACUGAUUGGACAGCAGAGAGUAGCUAUUUAUGAUGAUAUCGACUCGUUAAAUGUAAAUAAAUGUUUCAUAAUUAUGACAUUAAUAACGGAACGAUGGAAAAACUUGCGUGUAAUUUAAUUUAUUUAUCUGAUUGUUGUAAAUAACCGUAUCAGCGAUGUAUCUCACGAAACGUAUAGAUACCUACAUAACAUGUAUCGAAUGAAAAGACAUGCGACGUGUAUUUAUAUUUUUUAUUUAUUGUGUACGAGCUGUGUAUUUAGAUAGGUUUUUUUGUAAAUAGAAAUUUAA